GAACCAUGAACACGAACGCUGUUCAACUACAAUGAUCUUGGGAAUUGGCUGUGAUUUGUUGAAAGUUUCCAGGAUUGAGCGUAUUGUGAGACGACAGGGACUCAAUGGGAAGACACUGGACCGGUUUGCCACGAGGAUUUUACACCCGGUGGAGCGUGAGCAGUUUGUAGCGUUGAGACGUAGCGAUGAUAUAGCUGGGACAGUGAGGCUUCUCAGUGGCAGCUGGUGUUGUAAAGAGGCAGUUUUCAAGUCAUUGGAACCUGGAAGACAGGCCAAGUUUCGAUUCAAUCGAUGGUACAAGAGCAAUGACGAAUACGGCCGGCCGACGAUCUGUGGUGAUGACGUUAACAACACAGACCGGUUUCUAGUGUCAGUUUCUCAUGAUGGUGAUAUGAUAAUGAGUACAGUUCUACGACAAGGCAUACAACAAUAAAGUAAAUGAAUUAAAGGAUC